AUGGAUAACUCGACGACUACCAGCAUGUCUCCACUAUCUGGGAAAACUACGCGGAAACCCGCCAACCCGCCAGCAAACGAUGCCGAAUCUUCACCAGACCCUGCCCUCUCACCCAGUUUCAACUCGGCAUCAGACGAUUCCAUACCUUCAAGCGGCACCGUCGGCCAGUUCUCUUUUGCUCCGGCAACGCAGACAACAGUCGUGACCACCACCACGACCACCACUACCAAGUUUCCGCCGUUUGUGAUGCGAGCUCCUCGCUUCGCCGGGCACCUAGACCCCAAAGUCUACCCUCUAGCCUCCAUACCGACCCCGGAGCCGCUUCGAGAUAUCCGUUUUACCCUAGACGGGAAUUCGAUCAUUUUUCGCGAAGCAGAUGACGUUUCAGGCGCGCUGAGUAGAUUUAACGAGCAGCAAAAAUCAUUGAGGUUCUCUGGGGCAAUUCGUUCGAAACUUUCUGACGGCCCAGAAGCUAGUCAAGCUGACGCUAUAAAUUCUAAACCCUCUGUUCGCAAUCGACCCUCGGGCUCAUCGGACGUACGACGACGCCCUCUUUCUCCAUCACUACCCGCAUCUAAUCCUGUAGCCAAAAAGCUACACUCAUCAACCCAUACUUCUUUUGAAGAACAAUCACAGCAAACUGGUUUGACGCGGUUGCCUCUAUCACGACGUUAUGAAUUACCCCAGCGGGAUCUAGGGUUAGCAACCCCGGAAACAGAGAACACGAGCUUUUUACUUUGCAAUAAAGGGAAACGGAAUCAACGAACUCGCUCGAUGCUUGGAAAGCAGUAUCCGGAGGAAUCACCUCCUCGUGCAGACCGUCAGCAGCAGGGUGCUUCUGGCAUCGCGAGCCCCAUGGUACCUUCUGAUAAAGAAAGCAACGGUGAUAGCUGUGGAGACGGUUUAGAUAAGUCCCCGCUUCUCGAGAGGCGAACUAACAUAGCUACCGUCCAGGCCGCUGAUCGCUCUGGAAAUACACAAUCGAAUAAUGAUUCGGCAGAAUGCAACUUACAAAAGUCUAUGAGAAUGAGGCUACAGAUGAAAACGCGACGUAACAGACAAAACUUACUUGGGUUGGAGUCCUCCGGCUCGCAAAAUAUGUGCCUGCCUAGCCCCAGCCUCUCGCCAAUCGCUCUCAUGAAUGCGCAGCAGCUGGAAGAAGCCUCGGAUUCGACGGCAGAUGAAGGCACAGACUCUAGCCUCGACGAGCUUCCGAAACAUAACGGUAGAGAGCUUCGUGCGAACAAGGCCAAGAAGAUAAUGGAUUAUAGCAAGAAAAUUGCUGCAAGAGGCCGUGUGCCCAUGUCACCAAACUCGUCCCUGCUGGAUAUGCCUAAUAUGUUGAAUUCCUUCGAAUCGAUACCAGACGAACUCAAGUCGUAUAUGAUGUACCAGUUCCUUCGCAGAUGCCCAAAAUCGACCCUCCAUCUUGUCGCUAGUGUUGUUAAUCCUGCGUUAAAGUGCGAUUUCUUGUCCAACCUGCCCUUGGAACUCGGCCUGAAUAUUGUGAAAUACCUUGAUGUAAAGUCAAUGUGUCGAGCUUCCCAGGUCUGCAAGAAGUGGAGACUCAUCAUCAAUUCAGAUGAAAAGACAUGGAAGGCUCAUUUUGUUGCCGACGGUUUCGUCCUUCCCGCUGGAGAAUUACAACAAGCCAUUGAACAGGGCUGGGGCUGGCAGUUCCCAAUGUCACCAAGCGACGGCGAAAAGGAUCUUCGCCUCUUGUCUUUCAAGUCGUCUGAUAGUGAAUAUUCCUCGGCUAGCCCCUGGAACCCUGAUACAUCAGACUCCAAACUAGCCACCCUCCCAACCCCAUUUUCCCCAUCACCUCGUCGGCUGAAACGCAAAGCCACCGCCCAUUUGAGCGGAAGGAGAACUGCCAAACGGACAGAAACCGUCCUUCCAUCGCCAGAGGAAGAUAAAGCUACUCCAUGGUUGCAGCAACAAUUUACCGCCAGCGAGAACCCAUUCAUCGCCGCGAACGCAGCAGCUUUGGCUUUGCCGUAUGCAGACUUUGGAUUGCCAUCCUUGAAGAGUCUACAUCUCUACAAAUCUCUUUACCAGAGGCAUCAUUCGAUAAAGUAUAAUUGGAUGCGGGAAGACGCAAAACCAUUACAUCUCGCAUUUCGUGCCCACGACCGUCAUGUCGUUACCUGUUUGCAGUUUGAUACCGACAAGAUAUUGACUGGGAGCGAUGACACAAACAUCAACGUGUAUAACACCAAAACUGGAGCGCUUCAGUCAACACUCCAGGGCCAUGAAGGAGGCGUUUGGGCGCUGGAAUAUUAUGGCAACACUCUUGUCUCAGGUUCUACAGAUAGGUCCGUCCGGGUCUGGGACAUUGAGGCAGCAGACUGCACACAGAUCUUCCACGGUCAUACCUCGACAGUCAGAUGCUUGCAAAUCCUCUUACCUGUCCAGGUCGGGACACUUCCAGACGGAACACCAGAAAUGAUGCCUAGGGAACCAUUAAUCAUAACCGGGUCGCGUGACUCCACCCUUCGAGUUUGGAAACUCCCAAAGCCAAAGGACCCGACGUAUUAUCAGGCCGGCCCUGCACAAAAUGACGGUGCUUGUCCUUACUUCGUUAGGGUUAUGGUAGGUCACACACAUUCAGUCCGAGCUAUUGCUGCACACGGCGAUACUCUAGUCAGCGGAAGCUAUGAUUGCACCGUUAGAGUUUGGAAGAUAUCCACUGGUGAGGCUGUCCAUUGCCUACAAGGUCAUAGUUUCAAAGUCUACAGCGUUGUUCUGGAUCAUAAGCGAAACCGCUGUAUCAGCGGCUCCAUGGACCACAUGGUUAAAAUUUGGUCCCUGGACACCGGAGCAGUGCUAUAUAACUUGGAAGGGCACACUUCUCUCGUCGGCCUUCUCGAUUUGAAUGCUGGCCGCCUUGUCUCUGCCGCGGCAGACUAUACGCUUAGAAUCUGGGACCCCGAAAAUGGCCAGUGCAAGAACACUUUAACCGCACAUACGAAUGCCAUAACUUGCUUUCAGCACGAUAGCCAAAAGGUUAUUUCUGGCUCUGACAGGACGCUGAAGAUGUGGAACGUGAAGACUGGAGAGUGCUUGAAGGACCUUCUCACGGAUCUUAGCGGUGUCUGGCAGGUUAGAUUUAAUGAUAGACGAUGCGUUGCAGCAGUGCAGCGGAAUCGUCUUACCUAUAUCGAGGUUCUCGACUUCGGUGCAUAUCGUGAUGGCACCCCUCCACAUCGACUUGGCCAGCGGAUAGUAGUCGAUCAAAAUGGCGAGGAAACCAACGACGACGAAGCCAAACCUCCUCAAGCUGACGAGGAAGCUUCGGACGCCUAG